CUAGACCUUGUAGCGUGUAUCUCAUCUCAGUGGUUACCUAGUAUAAUUAUCCAUGGGAAUUCUCAACCCCGGUGCGGUGCCUAAUGACAUGUCACAAGGACGACUGUUUGCUGGUAGGUAGAAGUCUUUCACUAGUAGGGCGUCGAUACUCUGUAUAUUUGACGACGAUACUACACAGCGCAGGCUGAGCCUCAAUUGCUCCCUGUAUUACUGCCUACAGAAUUCUUAGCUCAUUCCCAAUCUGUCGAAUUUCAUAACAGGCAUCUAUAGCGGUAGCCAAUCGGACUAAGACAGCGCGUAUUUAAAUUGGUUCCUUUACGAUCCUUUUAUGUUUAAACUAAUCUCAAUUUCGCCCAGUCGUCCCACUUCAUUAUGCCUUUUCUUCAGCUCCGAGCUAUUCUUUUGGUCUAGACUCUCAUCCGCCUACUAGAAAGAUUUGUGAGGUCAAUCGCUUCGCAUCCUACCGUACAGGGCAUGAGUUCAGGGGCAACGGAAAAUAAAUAUCUACUGCUGCCCUUCAUGUUCCCAUGUUUUCACCAGCUUGCUAAGCGCGCAUUUAUUCACAGAACCAGUUGUUCGCCUUAAGUUUAUACCAUUUCUAAAGAUGUUUGCCCAACUCGCUCUCGCCUCUCUCCUCGCCGCCGCUCCGUUGGCUCAGGCAGCUCAGAACGUAACUGUCAAGGCGCUACCGACUGAAGAUUGCUCAUCUUAUCCGGGUUAUGAUGCCGCAUCUAACACAGCCGGGCCCUGGAUCCUUCAAUUAGUUGAUAGCGACAACACUGCUAUCGAGGGAUUUGGUGACACUUCUGCGUACUCGAUCUCCUUCAACCCUGACGUUGAUCAUAAGCCAACUAUGCGAUGGGGUUACAUCACCUUCCCAACAAACAACCAAAUCGCCAAGACCGCCAUGAAGUGUGACGGGGGUGUCCUCAAAGCUUGGGUAUCUACCGAUCUGACAGACGCAGGGGCUCCCACAAAUACCCAAUGGUCAGAAUUGUUAUUCCCCAAGGAUGAGCCGUAUGACGCUCCCUUGCUAUGGAAAUUGACCGACGGUGUCGCGCCCCAGAUCUUCGAGCACUACAUCGACGGCGAGAAGCAGGACGGCGUGUUCCUAGGUGCCUACAAUACCAGCACUAGGUGGGGACUCAAGUACAACCCGGCAAACGCGGGAUCAUAUCGCCAGGAUUUCUAUUACGCACGGAUCUUGGGACCGAACAGUGCGGAUCCCGUGACCGGUAAUGCCUUGAAUGCAAAUGAGACCACGGCUUUCGUCAAGAUCUGGGCGUAGAUACUUGCGUAUCUCUAGAAACUUUGAGUGGAUUGGGGUCGACUGAGAUAUAGUUUAGAUGAUUUACGAAUGGCUUCCUAAGAGCAGCAGUCUAGUUGAUGUGGUAAUUAGCAUGUGAGGAUAUCAAUUUUAGUAGUUUAUAUAUUGUAUAUUGAGGAUUUUAGGAUGUAUAACUACCUCUUUUGAAGAAGUAAACUAGCAAUCUUUAGCCAUGCUGCAGCUCUGCUUACG